AUGGAGCGCACGAACGGCACGGAGCCGUGGCAGCGCAGCCUGCAGGCCGUGCUGAGCGCCCUGAACCGGAGCCUGCACGGGGCCGGGCCGUGCCCGGGGCAGCCCCCGGCCGCGCCGGUGCCCCGGGACCCGCGGCGCGACGCCAACGCCUACAUGUACAUCCUGUUCGUCAUGACGCUCUUCGCCGCCACCGUGGGCAGCCUCAUCCUGGGCUACACCCGCUCCCGCCGCGUGGACAAGCGCAGCGACCCCUACCACGUCUACAUCAAGAACAGGGUCUCCAUGAUCUGAGCCGGGAGCCCCGGGCCCGGGGGCACCGUGCCGGGCAUGCCCUGCUCGUCACGGGAUGCGGCAGGGCUGCUGGAACACCCCGGAGCUGCUGGAACACCCCAAAACUGCUGGGAUCCCCGUGGAGCUGCUUGGAACCCCAUAGAGCUGCUGGGAUCUCCAUAGAACUGCUGGGAGCCCCUUGGAGCUGCUGAGAACCCCCCAAACUGCUGGGAACCCCAUGGAGCUGCUGAGACCCCCCCCAAAGCUGGAGGAACGCGACCUGCGAGCCGGUGCUGGUCCUGCAGCCCCACCUGGGCUCCAGCAGUGUCCACGGGUGCUCCUGGUGCUGAAUCCCUGCGGUGUCCGAGCUGGGACGGCCCUGCUGCCCUGCAGGGAAUUAAAGGAGC